CGCUGAGCCAUUUAUUAGAAGUACUACAGGAAUGAUUAUUAACCCUUGUCUGACCAAUGUCAUAAACUCGUAAUGCAGGAAGCAAGAAGUCGUUGAGAGCUCGGGCAUGUCAGGCAUGUCGGCGGCUGUCACUGCAACUGUAUCGGCGGUCUGUGCGACCGUGGCAGUGUUCAUAACGAUGGCCGUGAUCAGGCGAUGCCGCCACGUGAGGAAGAAAAUGCACAAGAAGAUCGUGACCAAGAUCAUGGACGAGAUCAGCAGAAGGAACCGGGACCGGAGAGCGGCUCCGGACGACGGCGCCGCCGUGGACGACGUGGUCAUCGAGAUAGGCCCCGUGGAGAAGUUUCUGCACGAGAUACUCAACGAGAAGCCGAUGCGGUUCAGCUCCGAGCAGCUGGCGUCGUGCACCAGGAACUACUCCACCGAGCUCGGCUCCGGCGGCUUCGGGGUGGUCUACAAGGGGGAGCUCCCCAACGGGCUGCCCGUGGCGGUGAAGGUGCUCAAGGUGUCCAUGAACAAGAAGGUUCAGGAAGGGUUCAUGGCGGAGAUCGGCACCAUCGGCCGGACCUACCACGUGCACCUCGUCAGGCUCUACGGCUUCUGCUUCGACCCGGACACCAAGGCGCUUGUCUAUGAGUACCUGGAGAAUGGCUCGCUGGAGAAGUACCUCUACCACCAUGGGGAAGGAGACGGCGACAGCGACGGCGGGGAGGAGAGGAGGGAAAGGCUCGAUUGGCGGACACUGCACAGCAUCGCCGUCGGCACCGCGAAGGGUAUCCGGUACCUGCAUGAGGAGUGCCAGCACAGGAUCGUCCACUACGAUAUCAAGCCGCCCAACAUCCUCCUCACCGCCGACUUCACGCCCAAGGUGGCCGACUUCGGGCUGGCCCGGCUGGGCGAGCGCGAGAACACGCACAUGUCGUCGCUGACGGGCGGUGGGCGCGGGACGCCGGGCUAUGCGGCGCCGGAGCUCUGGAUGGCACUGCCGACGACGGAGAAGUGCGACGUGUACAGCUUCGGCAUGGUGCUGUUCGAGAUCCUGGGGCGGCGCCGGAACUACGACGCCCAGCUGGAGGACGAGAGCCGGGAGUGGUUCCCCAAGUGGGUGUGGGACAAGUACGAGCAGGGGGACAUGGAGUGCAUUGUCUCCGCGGCCGCCGGCGUCGGGGAGGCGGACCGGGAGAAGGCGGAGACCAUGUGCAAGGUGGCGCUGUGGUGCGUGCAGUUCCAGCCUUCGGCGCGGCCGACGAUGAGCAGCGUGGUGCGGAUGCUGGAGGGGGAGAUGGCCAUCGUGCCGCCGGUGAACCCGUUCCACUAUGUGUCGGGCGGUGGCAGCUCCAGCGGCUGGGCGUUGUCGAGUGGCACCGGCACCGGCGCCGGCACGUAUACGAGCAGCAGCCGGGACACGGGGAGGGACAGGGAGGUCUCGGCAGCAAGUGCUCCUGCUCCUAAGCCGAGUGAUGCAAUGGUGACGGAUGCCAAGUCCAUUGAUCCAGUGACGGCAUAGGGUGAAGCUCCACACGGAGUCUUCUGUUUCCAGUUUAAGUAGGAAAUGUUUUUUCUAGCAAAAAAAAAGUCAGGAA